AGAGAGAGAGAGAGAGAGAGAGAGAGAGAGAGAGAGGGAAAACUGUCGACAUACAAUCUGCUGCACCACGAGAGAAAGGGAGGGAGCGUCCAAACACACGGCCUUUUUUUGUGUAGGCGGUCUGGCUAGUAGCUGUGUGUCUGUAGUGUUGUUGGUGUAAACUUCAGUUUUUGUAGGAAACUGGAUAUUUACAUAGUUCGCCAUGUCCGAGGAGAUUGAAGGAACAAGGCCUGCCAUCGGGGAGGCAUCCCAUGAGGAACAGCAGGAGAUGGGCGACACAGUCCUCAGCCCGGAAAAGGCAGAGGAGGUGAAACUGAAGGCCAGGUUCCCUCAUCUUGGUGCCAAGCCUGGGGGCUCUGACCUGCUCCGGAAACGGCUUCAGAAAGGGCAAAAGUUCUUUGACUCUGGGGACUACAACAUGGCCAAGGCUAAGGUGAAGAACAAGCAGCAGCUCCCUGCAGUGACACCGGCUGAGAAGGCAGAGAUUACCGGGGACCACAUCCCUACACCCCAGGACAUCCCCCAGAGGAAGCCCUCCAUCGUGGCCAGCAAACUGGCUGGCUGAUGGAACUAGGGAAGCUUUGGAAAUUUGACCUGUUCUGGUGUUACCAUUCCAUCGUUCUCUCUCUCUCCUCUCUCUCUCAAGCCAGUCCCAAUUCAAUCCCUACUUCCUUUACCUCUUGGCCCUAACCCUUCAAUGUUUGAUAUAUCUUGCUGUCGCUUCCAUCACAGUACCUACACCUUACAGAUUUGCAAACAUUGAAUGGUUAGGGCCUCUCUCUCUUUCUCCCUCCCUCCCUCCAUCUCUCUUCUUUCCUAGACAACUGUCUUCUGCCCCCCUUUUUUUUCCCCAUCACCAUCACCACCUUCUCUAUAUGAAUUCUGAAAAAUAAUAUUUUUGAGAAUCAAGCAGAAAGACUCCUGAGAAAUAUUGCUGCCAGAGGAUGACUGUCUUUGGAUAGUGAUGGAAAUGAUUGGUUUAAAGGGACACAUGUUUGCAAAGUGGCCUGUAUCUACUGUAGUGACUGAUGUAAACUGUACAUAGCCGAUCACCAUGUAUGGGAGAGGCCAGGUCAAUAUCUUAGACAUGUUUUACCUUCUAUAGCUUCCAUUGACGUUUAAAUUAUGAGGUAAUAUUCUAGAACCAACCGAUGAGAAUUCUUGAUCAGUCCUAGAAUCCUCUCCUGUUCCAGAUCUAUUUCUGCUGUCUGGACAACUUCUUGACCUUAGUCAUCGUCUAGACAACACAAAAUGAUCUGGUACCGUCCGUCUAAUGCCCUCUUCCACUGUCCAAAAGCUAUGUUUGUUUUUUGAUGCAUUGUUUGAAAAUAGCCUGUAUCGUACAGUAGCUGUCAUCUGUAUAUUAUGAAUCUCAUCUAAACCUCUUAAAUGGCCUUUAACAGUUUGAGCUGCUGUUUUCUCUUGGGCAAUAUUUGCUCACUCACCCCAGUGAGAGAAUCUCUGCUUGUCUGAAAUGGAUCCCUAUAUAGUGCACUACCUGUGAGGCUCUGGUCAAAAGUAGUGCACUGUAUAUAUAUAUAUAGGGGAUAGGAUGCCAUUUUUGAUGACUCAGCCUCUGUGAAUCUAGCCUAGGAAUGCCUGCCUGCCUGCCUCUAUAUCUGAGACUCAGGUAAUUUAGUAGUCGAGCAACUCGCUUUAAAUGAAGUGUCGGUUUGAACGGUGUGCAUGUGCAUUGACUGUGUGCAGUCACGUUGUGCCAUUUGUAAAUAAAAUAGUUUUGCACAAUA